AUGAAACUCGACGCAAAGAUGAUUCGUUACCUCACCUCUGAGGAUUUCCGCGUCCUUCAAGGAGUCGAAGCCGGAAGCCGGAACCACGAGGUUGUACCGACCCCUUUGAUCACUCAACUGUCUGGCCUUCGGGGCGGCAGUGGCGUGCAUCGCUCCAUCUCGAACCUGGCCAAAACGAACCUGAUCGCCAAGGUGAAAAAUGCGAAAUAUGAUGGCUAUCGACUCACAUACGGAGGACUCGACUACUUGGCUCUAAACGCGCAUCAAAAGCAGAAGGUGGUGUACUCCGUUGGAAACCAAAUUGGUGUUGGAAAGGAAUCGGAUAUCGUCGUCGUCGCACACGAGAGCGGAUCGCAGCGAAUUCUCAAGAUCCACCGUCUCGGUCGUAUCUCGUUCCGAACCGUGAAGACCAACCGAGACUACCUUCGACACCGCAACGCCUCGUCCUGGAUGUAUAUGUCGCGGCUGGCCGCGAUGAAGGAGUUUGCCUUCAUGAAAGCACUUCGGGAGAACGGAUUCUCAGUGCCCGAGCCUAUUGCCCAGAAUCGCCACACUAUUAUCAUGAGUUUGAUCGACGCCUUUCCCCUCCGUCAAAUUGCCGAAGUGCCCAACCCAGCAUCAUUAUACUCAGAAUUGAUGGAAAUCAUUCUGGAACUGGCGCGCUUUGGUUUGAUUCACGGUGACUUUAAUGAGUUCAACAUCCUGAUCAAGGAGAUUCCGAUCCCCAACGCCGAAGGCAAGACACUUGAUGACUCGGAACCGGCCACGGAAGAAAAUAUGCGACUAGAACCGGUUAUUAUCGAUUUCCCGCAGAUGGUUUCGAUUGACCAUGCUAAUGCCGAAAUGUACUUUGACCGCGACGUCAACUGCAUCAAGCGCUAUUUCAAGCGGAAGUUCCACUUCGAGAGCGAUGUUCCAGGACCAUUCUUCAAAGACGCAAGAAAGAAAUUCAUCAAGAAUCCUGGCAAGCGCCUGGAUGUAGAGGUUGAGGCCUCUGGCUUCUCGCGAAAGAUGGCCCGUGAACUUGAGAAGUAUAUGCAGGACGUUGGCGCCAAUGGUGAUGGCGAAGAUUCCGAAGGUGGUUCGGAUGAAGAUGAAGAUGAGGAUGAAGAGGAACAAUCGGGCUCAGAAGUCGAAGUGAGUGCCGAGGAUGCACAGUCAGAUCAAGUCAGUGCCGAGGUGGAGGAAAGUUCCAAGCGCUUGGAGGGAUUGCAGGUCUCGGGGUCAUCGAGGCAAUAG